GAGGCGUAGAGCGCAGCGAUGGCAGCCAAUACAGCGCAACACAUGGGCAACUUGCCCAGCGGUAUGGGGAUAUGUACCACUAUUCCGGACAUCUUCUACAUCCCCGAGCUCGUGUUCGGGGGGGUGACCUGGGCCCUGGUGGCCUCCACCCUGGUGCAGCCCGCCAACCCGCUGGGCUGGGUGAUGUUCGUGUCCAUCUUCUGCUUCGUCAUGACCUUCCUGUGGAUGAUCAUCUUCGCCUGCGGGGGCCACCGCAACAGCAGCAGCUGGGCCACGGCGGAUUUCGCUUACCAUGGGAUUGCAGCGUUCUUCUACCUCAGCUCAUCUGUGUCUCUGGCGUUUGUUACCAUCACCAUCAGCCCCUUUAUAUCCAGCAGCGCCGUCCUGAGGAUCUACAGGAUCGACAUCGCCGCUGUCGUUUUCUCGUUCCUGUCCACGCUGCUCUACUUCCUACACACCAUUUUCUCUGCCAUGAGAUGGAAGUCUUUCUGAAGUUUUUCUGCGAGGAGCUCGCUUUGAAAGGACAGUUUUAUAGCUCUGACUGCCACAGCUUCUGUUCUGAGAUAAAGGGAAUAACUUUUCCACAGAUAGCAAAACCACCUUUUCAUUCCCAGCUCUAGACUUACAGGAAUGAGAACAGGAAAUGGCGUUACUCUCAAUAAGAAUAAGAAAACAAAGCGGAACUGCAUUGUAAUGAUGGUUCAUGUAUGAAGUUUUUUUUACAGAUGUAAAAGUGAUGCUUAUAAAGCCUAAAAUUUUUUAAUGACUAUUUUUUUCCAAGAGUAACGGCAGAUGUCAUGUCGUUUAGUAAUUAAUUGAAUAAAAUAAAUCUUUUUGUGGCCACUCCACGUUAUUUUCAAUUUUCCUGGGUUUUGUACAACUUUGUUCUUUAUCAAUUGGAUAUAAUUUUGUAUAUUUUUGAACUGCUGCACAUAAAUCUUGUUAAUGAUUUGUUUAUCGUAAAAUUUUAAUAAAGGGUAAAUUAUGUAAAA